AUGGCUGCAGGCGGAUUAUCGAAACCCGAAUACGACAAUGAGCGCCUUCUUCUGCCUGUUGGGGAUGCCGAGGCUCUUCAAUACCGUGAUCGGGAGGAACAGAAUGAUAACGUCUUGCGCAAUGUUGACGGCGGCGUUCGAAAACCAAACAGCUUCCUGGUUCAGGCACUGUCCGUUGGCGACAGUUUUGUCCCAGAAGAAUUCGACCGGGAAGCAGAGAAAGAUACUCCCCAUCAAUGUCCAAAGUCCAUACAGUACAACGAAACCCAUGACGACAAAGCAUGCAGUCCGAAAUCGAGGGACUGGAAAUACCCGCAUGUACUGCGUCAGAAUCGAAAUCUUCGUGGCCGUCAACGCAAGGUUGUAGAUCCAGACACUAGCCCAGAAAGCCUGAGUAUACUGUCAGCCAGUGAUGACCGCAUACGGGCGACCUCGUUACCUUCAAGGAGUCCGUCAUCAUAG